CUUGGAAGGUCAUCCGCGUUCACUGCGCACAAGAGGCUCCGCACUUCUCCACCUCGAGCCCGCGCUUUGUGUUUGUGUUCAGGCUUUUCUGGGGGAUCCUUUAUUCUCUGUGACCCUUCGGACACCGGUCCGACCGACCCCUCCCCGGGCUCUCUCACCGGGGGAAGAUGACGGCGUUGGAGCCGCUGAGAUCGGCGAUGACCAUCAGGGGCGUGGAGGACACGUCGCUCGCGCUGCCCUCCGACAAGAAGCUGCGCUCGGGACAGCAGCGCGUGCUCGAGCAGGUGCACACCAUCAAGAGGGGCAAGUCCAAAUCCUGGAAGAACGGACACCCGUCUGCGUCCGCUCCAGGUUUGUUCGAGCAGUCCUUGACAUCAGAUUCCGAGUUUGGAACGUUCAAGUUUACUCCGUCCAAAGCAAAUGGCACCUUCAGCCACAGCAGCUCCAGCAUGUCAGCAGGCCACAACAAAGCGAUGAUCUAUCAGAAGAGUCGCUCCAUACCCAAUAGAGCCACCAGAGGAAGAUAUCAAAGCACCUCAGGCGGAUGGGAACAGCAAGUGAAAGGCUCCAACUGGCCCCAGGGUCACAGUGAACUGAAAGCCAGCCGCAGUGACCCUGCCUUGGCUCCUCAAUUUUCUGCCGGACCUGCCAUGAGAGCCAAGGGUCAGGGGCUCCAAAGCCAGCACUCCCUCUACGCCUCAACCAAUAGACACAGCACAUACUCCAUGACCAACGGCAAUACCAUGACCAACAGCCAGACACGCAUUGUCCAGCAACCGUCGGCCCACUCCUACACUGAGGGCAGGAUGGGAACCAUGAAAACAACCAUGAUGCAUCUGCAGCAAUCAGCUGUGGACAGUGGGAUAAACGUAUCAGAGCUGACCCUGCAGCAGGCUGUAGAGUAUCUGUCUCACCCUGAUGAGAAUUUCAAGCAGUGCGGAGCCACCUUCAUCCAACACACCACCUUCAAAGAGGAGCGUGCCAAAGAGGAGGUUUUAGAACUAGGGGGCAUCCCUCCUCUGGUGAAACUUCUGGAGAGCCCCAGCCCCGGGGUGGGCCAGGCUGCUGCUGGCGCCCUGAGGAACCUUGUGUUUAAGGACAAGAACAACAAGCUGGAGGUUCAACACUGUGGUGGUAUAGGCAAGGCUCUGCAGCUACUAAAGAAAACCGAUUCGACUGACACUCAGAAACAAAUCACAGGCCUGCUAUGGAACCUGUCGUCUACCGAUGAACUGAAGACAGAACUCACACAAACUGCACUGCCCGCCUUGACCGAGAAUGUGGUGGUGCCGUUCACAUGCUGGUCGGACAACAGCGCCAACAACAACAUUCACCCCGAUGUCUUCUGCAACGCCACGGGGUGCCUGCGGAACCUGAGCUGUUGUGAGAAGGGGAAGAGACAAGAAAUGAGACAAUGCAGUGGCCUCAUCGACUCCCUCAUGAGUUACAUCCAGUCCUGUGUUGCGGAGGAUAAUCCUGAUGACAAGUCUGUGGAGAACUGUGUAUGCAUUCUCCACAACUUGUCCUACCAACUAGAGGCGGAGUCCCCAGCGUCCUUUGCCAAGUACUGUCAACUCGAGAGACAGCACGAGACUAAGAAAAGCCCCCCGAUUGGAUGCUUCAGCCCCAGGAGUGGCAAGGUUCAAAAGGAGUUUUUGUUUGAUAUGGAUCAGGCAAUGCCAGAGGACAGCGACGCUUCAGGCGAAAAGUGGCUGUGCCAUCCGAAAGCCAUGAAAACCUACCUGUCCCUGCUGGGCUCGUCCCAGAAAGAUGCCACCCUGGAGGCCUGCUGCGGUGCCCUGCGGAACCUCACAGCCGGCAAUGGGGGGGGCUCCGUGGCCGUGAGCAGGAUUCUGGUUCAGAAGUUGGGCGCUCUGCCGCACAUUUCUCCUCUGUUGAAGUCGUCUUGCGGGGCCCUGCAGAAGGCCGCCAUUUCCCUGCUGAGUAACAUGUGUCGAACCUCCAGUGUGCAGCCUACCAUGGCAAAGCAGAUUCUGCCGGAUCUCACAAGCCUCCUUUCCGCCGGCCCCCGGGAAAUGGGAAAAGACGAUAAAACCAUAUCAGCAGCCUGCAACACAGCUCGGACUCUGAUGUUGGCAGAACCUGAGGUCGGCAAGAAGGUCCUUAAUGAAGCACUGGUGAGGUCACUAGCUGACCUCAGCGAGAAUGGGUCUUUCCCCAAAGGCAGCACAGCAGCCUCAUUGCUGCUCUACAACUUGUGGAACGAGAAGGGUCUUCAAGGUGCCGCCAAGAAGCUGGGAUUGGCCAAGUCCCUUUUUGUCAAUGACAACACUACACAAGCGCAAAGGUCGGCGCAAAUCAUCGACUGAGCAUGAAGGACUGGCGGCAGCACAGGACCCGAGAGACGGAAACCAGCAUGUUUAAACACUGCUGCGGCCACACCCUUACAACAAGGAGAGGGGAAUUCUUCAAAUAACAGCCUGGCUGAGAGAUCCCAUUAGGAGUCAAUAGUAUAGUGUACAUACUUUAGAGAAGAGUGAGCUUUUAAUUUCAUGAGUAAUCCUGCGGUGUUGUAUGUAUUUAAUUUGGAUAAGUUUCUCUGUGUUUAUAUAAAUAUAGGUGAGUGUGUUUUUGGUAGGUUAAGUGUGCUGAAACCUAGUUUUUACAGCCUGUGAGCAAUAUUGUGGACAGACGACGUUAUCUUCAUUGAACUUUUUACGAUUUAUCAUAUCAUUGCUGUCACAUUCAUCUGUGCAGCAACUAAGAAAUAUAAUAUCUACAGUGGCCUUGAAGACUGAGCAGCGGAUACUGAAAGCAUUGAGAAAAGUAUGUGAAAAGUUGGAAAGACAAACAAAGAUUGUGUUCUUUGUGAUAUUGUUCCUGUCCUCAUCCACCUAAAGAGUGUUCUGUCAGUAACAAUCUCAUGAAAAUAUCUGUUUUGUUGUUAAGUAUUUUUGGAGUUAGAAGGUUGAAGAUGGUUUCAUAUCAGAUCAGAAUCAGAAUCCGAAAGUAUUUAAUGCCAAGUAGGUUUACACCUACAAGGAAUUUGCUCUGGUUAUUGGUGCAUACAAUGAACAUUGAAACACAAAAACACAAUAAAUACAACACACAUAAGAAAAGCAAUAAAAAUAAACAAAUAUAUAAAAAUAAACAAUAUAUGUUGAAUGUACCUACAGUAUGUAAGAAACUGAGCUAACGCUCCGGUCAAGAAAGAAAUAGGACUUGGAUUUUCACACGAAACCAAAGAAAUGCUACAUUGUUUGUCAGGUUUAAUGCCGUUUUUUUUUAUACUUCAUUCUGUUGUCUGCGUUCAACAAACAUGUCGAAAUAAUUCAAUAAAUUGUUUGACAUUUUGAGAAACGCUUAUUUGCAUUUCUUUGCCGUGAGUUAAAAUGAAAGAUUGAUACCACACUCAUGUCUCGGUAUUAAAUAUGAAGCUACAGCAUGCUAACAGUCAGCUUAGCUCAUUUAGCUUAGUUUAGUUAGCUUAGCACAAAGGCUUGAAACGGAGGGAAACAGCUAGCCUGAUUCUGUCAAAAGGGAAAAACAUGCAGCUGCCAGCAACUUCAAAUAAUGAACCUUCUCAAAAUGUCAAACUGUUCCUUUACAGUGGAAUACUACGUGCCUUUUUGUAUCAUAUAGCUUUGUCAUUAACAUGCCUAUUAAAAUUGAGAAAUUCUA